AUGGGGCCGCGGCACCUGCUGCUGCCGCUCCUCCUGCUCUCCCUGCAGCUCCUGGCGCUGCUGCUGGCCGCGCAGGCGGCCGGGCCCCCCCGCGCCAAGGGCAACCGGACCCAGGGGGCGGCGGCGCCGCGGCGCACCCCCAAGCCGGGCAAGGAGCUCCUCAACCAGACGCUGCCGGGUCCGGGGGCGGCCGCCCCCACGGCGCUGCCCGGGCGCGGCAAGGGCGCGGGCGGAGGGAGGACGCCCCCCGGCGGCGGGGGCGGCGGCGGGUCCUCGGCCCCAGCGCACGAGACGUGCUGGGGGUACUACGACGUGAGCGGGCAGUGGGACAAGGAGUUCGAGUGCAACAACAGCCUUACGGGGUUCCGCUACUGCUGCGGCACCUGCUUCUACCGUUUCUGCUGCAACAAGCGCGCCGAGAAGCUCAACCAGAGCCUGUGUCGCAACUACAAGAGCCCCGAGUGGGCCCACCCCACCACCUCCAGCGGUGCGCUGCCUGCCGACGGCAGCAACGGCGCUGACGGAGAUGCCAACAAGUACGACCCGGACAAGGACAGCACCAAUGCCACCGUAUACAUCUCAUGUGGGGCCAUCGCCUUUGUGCUCAUCGCUGGGGUCUUCGCCAAGGUGGCCUACGACAAGGCACGGCGCCCGCCCCGGGAGAUGAACAUACACAGGGCUCUGGCUGACAUCCUAAGGCAGCAGGGACCAAUCCCAAUAGCACACUGUGAAAGAGAGACUAUCUCGGCUAUAGAUACCUCCCCCAAAGAAAACACCCCAGUCAGGACAUCUUCCAAAAACCAUUACACCCCUGUGCGCACCUCCAAAAGUAACCCAGGUCACUAUGGAAAGGAUAUUUAUCGAAGUGGAGGGCCAGAUCUACAUAAUUUCAUCUCCUCCGGCUUUGUCACAUUAGGAAGAGGACACACGAAGGAUGACCAAGAACAAAAUUAUAGUCACCUGAUACUAAACAGUGCUACCCCGACACCUACACAUGACAAGCCACGGAUGAACAACAUCCUCACUUCUGCCACCGAACCCUACGAUCUAUCCUUCUCGCGGUCCUUCCAGAACCUCUCUCACCUCCCACCAUCAUAUGAGUCUGCAGUCAAGACAAACCCAAGUAAAUAUUCUUCUCUGAAGAGACUAACUGACAAAGAGGCUGAUGAAUAUUACAUGAGGAGGAGACACCUGCCUGACCUGGCAGCCAGAGGCACACUCCCUAUCAACGUCAUCAAAAUGUCGCAACAGACCAACCACAGGGAUAGGCCCCGCCGGCCCAUCAGGGCCAUGUCCCAGGACAGGGUGCUGUCCCCUGAGAGGAUCAUGCCCGAGGAGUUUAGCAUGUCCUAUGAACGGAUCCUCUCAGACGAACAGCUUCUGUCCGCAGAGCGCCUCCACUCCCAAGACCCCCUGCUCUCUCCGGAGCGUUCAGGGUACCCAGAGCAGUCUAUGUCACGGGCCUUGUCACACACAGACGUCUUUGUUUCAACACCUGUCUUGGAUCGCUACAGGAUGACAAAAAUGCACUCCCAUCCUAGUGCCUCAAAUAACUUUUACAAUACCUUAGGUAUGAACCCAACUUCUGCCAAGCGUCAAGCGUUUGCCUCCCGGCGGCAUAACACAGUAGAACAACUGCAUUAUAUUCCAGGACACCACCAUCACUACCGCACAGCGAGCAAAACAGAGGUGACUGUUUGA